GCCCUGGGUCUCUCAACGCGUUUCCGAAAGCAGCCAAGCUCUUCUUCUCCAUGCGGGUACUGCCAGUCCUGACCUCGCGCCCGUCCCACAGCACGUGCCAGGCCGUCUGUUCUCCCGACUGUGCGUCGGAACCAUUGUACACGAGCGGGCAGCGUGGCCCGUGGACUUAUUGAGGAGGGACCUCCCGAAGGCGACCGCGGUGCAGAGGCGCGGGUGGGCCGGUCUAGGACCUGGGUCCUCGCUGGUGGUCAGUCAGUCAUCCUUCCCGGUGAGACCUCAGGCAGAGGGAGAAACUUGGCCAAUCCCGGGAGCUCUGGGGCCACGAAGGCGGGAGGAGAAGGGAAAAUGCGCGACAGGAGUGCCAACCAAUUCAGCCCCCGAGCUGUCUGAGCGACGGCGACGAGCAACCACUCGGGAUGCGAUCCUGGCGGGACGUUGAUAGCGGGAAGCGGACCAAUCCGUGACAGGGAGAGCGAGCUCGCACCAAUCGCAGCUGAGAGGGUGGGAAGAGGCGGAGCCCGCCCGAGGGCUGUUCGGUGGUGGGUGAGGGAUCAGCUUCCGCUCUAGCUCCCACCCCGGGAGCCCUGGGCCCUUGGAGGGAGAGAGGCCAGCGGCCCAAGGAGUACUAGCGAGGCUUGGAGGCAUCACCCUGGAGGGCCUAAGCGCGAAAGAGACUCCUAGUUGGAGGAGCCGCUGAAAGCUACCGGGCGGCCAUCGAGGAAACCGAGACUGGAGCCACUGGUGGGGACCUUUCCGGGGUGCCCUCCCUCCGUGGGGUGCUAUGGAGUUCCCAGAACACAGCCAACAACUGCUGCAGAGCCUCCGGGAGCAGCGGUCCCAGGGCUUCCUCUGUGACUGCACGGUGAUGGUGGGUAGCACCCAGUUCUUGGCCCACCGGGCUGUUCUGGCCUCCUGUAGCCCGUUCUUCCAGCUGUUCUACAAGGAGCGGGAACUGGACAAGAGGGAUCUGGUGUGUAUUCACAACGAAAUUGUCACGGCCCCGGCCUUCGGGCUGCUGCUGGACUUCAUGUAUGCUGGCCAGCUGGCCCUGCAGGGCGACACACCCCUGGAGGAUGUGCUGGCCGCUGCCAGCUACCUGCACAUGAAUGACAUAGUCAAGGUGUGUAAGCAGAGGCUGCAGGCCCGGGCCCUGACAGAGGCCGACAGCACCAAGAAGGAGGAGGAAGCAGGCACACAGCCCCCUGGCUUGGAGUUUCUGUCCAGCACUUCCCAUGGUCCUCAGCCUUCAAUGGCAUCUGCUGAAACAUCAGGCCAGUGGGGCAAGGAAGAAUGGAAGAGCCCCACCGCCCCCUUACCUGCUGUUUGUCCUCCAGAGGAGCUACCUGUGCCUGGUGGGGCCGACACCACACAGCCUGGCAUGGAGGUGGAGUCAUCGCACCUGCGGGCAGCGCCCCCACCAGGAGCAGACCGCUCUGUGUCUCUGGCCAGCCCUAGUAGCUCCACAGAGGCCCUCCCUGCAAACUACUUCCCUUCUGGCCUCCCCACGGUUUCCGUGGAGCCCCUGACUCCCCUUGGGGUGGGUGCUGAGAGCCUUCGGGUAGUGGAGGUCCCAGACCCUGGAGGACCACUGCAAAGCUUCUACCCCACAGCUUCAGCCCCAGCUCCAGGUGAAGCCGAGCUGGUCCAGGUGAAAGUGGAAGCCAUCGUGAUCUCUGACGAGGAGACGGAGGUGACUGAGGAGCAGCCUCAGGGUCCUGAGAGUCUGUUCCCACCUGCAGGUGCUGUGUUUGGACAGCCCCCCCAGCCCCCCCACCCACCCCAGCCUGUCCAGCCCCAGGCUUUUGAGGAGCCUGGGGGCGUAGGCCUGGAGGAGGUGGGGCCAAGUGACCACUUCCUUGCUCCUGAUGCUCACCUGCCCUACCACAUACUGCCAGGUCCUGGGCAGUACCCUCGAGGACUGGUGACCUCACCCCUGCCCACACCCCCAGCCUUGCAUGAGUCACUGUAUCCAUCCUCUGACUUUGAAGCAGCCCCAGGAAGUUUUGGGGUCUUUACCGAGGACGUCCCUACCUGCAAGACCUGUGGGAAGACCUUCUCAUGCUCCUACACACUCCGGCGACACGCCACGGUGCACACUCGAGAGCGGCCCUAUGAGUGCCGCUACUGCCUGCGCAGCUACACCCAGUCAGGGGACCUCUACCGCCACAUCCGAAAGGCGCACAAUGAGGACCUGGCCAAGCGCAGCAGAACCGAUCCAGAGGCUGGCUCUGUUUUGGGGGUGCAGCCCCACCCUGCCUCCCCAACAGACAGACAGAACAGUGGAGGGGGAGGGCCUCCAAAAGAAUUUGUACUUGGCCCUAAAAACUGAUCUCUGGGUGCAGGAGCUGUUGCCAGGGUUGCUCUUCUUUGCCUUCUUCGCCUUAGAUGGCAGCACAGAGGUGGGAGGUGUCUCAUCGCUCCUUUUUUCUUUUUUUUGCAACAGGGUGUUGCUAUGCAGUUCAGGCUGGCCUUGAACUCACUGUGUAGUCCGGGCUGGCCUCAAACUCCCAGCAAUCCUCCGGCCUUAGCCUCCUGAAUGCUAGGAUUAUAGGUGUGUGCCGUCAUACCCAGUGCCCCUCCCCUUGAUGCAGAGUCUCACUCUGUAGUCCAGGCUGGCCUCAGACUCACUAGGUAUCCCAGGCUGGCCUUAAAUUCACAGCAAUCUUCCUGCUUCAGCUUCCUCUGUGCCCGGCUCAUCACUCCUGCUAGUGACAGAAUGAAAGUUCUGCCAGGCAGAAAGUUCCUCCUGCCCUCCUCUCUCCAGACAGAUGAGCAGGACCUAGGCAGAGCAGGUCUGUCAGCUCUGCCGAAAGCCCUGGGAAGCCUCUGGAAACAUAGCCACUCCUCCACUUGCUGGAACAUAAAGCUCCCAUGAAAUGA